GGCUUCCGGGAACUGGCCGUCCCGGGGGGCGGGGGGGGCGGCAUGAAUUACAGAGCGGUGGCGGACGCGGUGGCGGAGAAACUGCUGAGUUACAGCAAGGAUGAGAGCGGCUGGAGAGUCUGCAAGAAAUCGAACGAAGUUUGUGUCUCCUGGAGGCCAUCAUCAGAAUAUUCCGGAAACUUGUACAAAGGUGAAGGGAUAAUCAAAGCCACACCACAGGAUGUCUGGGAGUGUCUAAAACCUGUGCCCGAUGGGCUAAGAGUGAAGUGGGACAAAAAUGUGAAAGUAUUUGAGCUGAUUGCAGCCGUCGAUGCUACUGUGUCUGUCUGCAGGACUGUUACACCGUCAGCAGCUGUGGGCAUAAUCUCUCCAAGGGAUUUUGUGGAUGUAAUUUUAAUCAAACAAUAUGAAGAUGGGAUGAUAUCCUCAAAUGCUACUAAUGUGGAACACCCUGACUGUCCCCCUAAACCUCACUAUGUGAGAGGAUUCAACCAUCCCUGUGGAUGUUUCUGUGCUCCCAUUCCAGGAGAGCCACAGAAGACUCGCUUGACCACAUUCUUUCAGACUGACCUUGGUGGGUACCUCCCACAAUCAGUGUUGGACUCUUUCUUUCCCUCUAGUAUGGCUGAAUUUUACAGCAAUCUGGCAAAAGCCGCGAAGACUUUUAAAGCUUGAUGAACCUCCCUCCAUCUUCUCAUUACCCCUUUGCCUACAAACCCCUGGUUUAGUUUUGCUGCAUUCAACAUUGUUACUUAUUUUUCGAUUUGAGAGUAUUUUUGAACUUAAUUUUCCACUUUUUAAAACUGAAAACAUUUCUACAAUUUAGAAAUAUUGAUCAGUGGAAAGGAAAUAGGAAAAUUUUGAAUUGUAAAGUGAGGACCAAGAAGGAUUGAGCUUACAUGUAUUGGCAUUGAUAAAUUUAAACAAAAACGGGUUGUUUAAAGUAGAAGUAUUUAAAUAUUUUCCAUUAAUUGGAUACCUAAUUGAAAAUUUCUUGUACUAAGAUUUAAUAUACCUUUUUAGUCCUAAGCUAAAAUUAAUAACUUGCCCAACAAUGAAUAAUAUUUGUAUUUUUCUAAUUGUUCAGAGCACAAAGGGAUUUUCAGCAAAUAAUGCCCCUUAUUUAAAUUAAGAUCAGUAUCUUGGAAGAUUGUAAAAUGGGAGGGAUGGGUGAGAGCAAAGUAUAUGGCCAUUGGAGUACAACAUAUCCUUCAAAACUUCCUGCCGUUACAAGAACAUUUGCACAGUUUGAUUUGCAACUUUCUUAGGCAUUAUCCUGGAGUAGAACUUGAACUAUGUACAGAGUCACAGAGCAAGCAGUAUCCGCUGUGUAAAGCUCAUUAAUUAGUAACUGGUGUUGAAAGGUAGAGAGUGGGGCCUAACUUCUGCACACGUUCGUAAAUACUGGCAUUAGUCCAUCCAAAACAUAAUAAUACUCUUAUUUGGAACCUUGCUGCGAUAACUUAUAGUAUUUGAUCGCCAAUCACCAAUAUUGGACACCUACCGAGAUGGUUUUCUUCAGGAAGGCUCCACAGAGGACGAUGCUAUAAGCACAUUAUGGAACACAUUCAUCUCCAAGCAACAUGCUUUCCAGUAAUUUGCUACCUUGCAUGUAAAUGGUAAAAACAAUCUAGUUAUAUUUGUAGAGAAAUAUUCCAUGCAAGAAAAUGCCCACUUGUGCAAAUGUAUUAAAAGUCUUGCAUCUCUCCAAGUGCUAAGUCCUAGUGUUGUAUAUAUUAUUGUUUAUUUUAAUUCUUUGCCUUUAAGUUAUUAACCCCAACCCUUUAAACUGUUUAAGGAAUGGGGAUCUGUUUGUAAAAUAUGCCAAGUAUAUGCACUUUGGUUGAAUUUUAAGUUCUACCUUUUAAUGGAAAGGGAAAUUUAACUUGCACCAGAGUUUAGAAUGGGCUUUAGUUUUGCGUACACAGGCCAGUGAUAUGAUGCUCACACAGCUCCUUGUUAACUGUGUACUGUAUGUUAAUAUGUUUAUGUAAAAGCAUCUAUCGACUUUUAAUAUAAAUGUUUUUUGGGGUCUAAGAAAUUUUAGUAUAUAAUUGUGAUUUGAGAUUGAUUUUUGUUUUUACUUGCACUUUUAUAAUGGGUUAUGAUGUUGGAUUUUGUAUUAUUGGUAAAUUGCUUUAUUUAUUUGAAGGAAUCUCCUUUCAUAGCUUCACAAAUUGAAGAAACUUGUCCAUGUGCUGUAAGUUAGUGUGUGCUUGGCAAUUCAUGCUGGAAAGAUGCAUUAAAAAUUCCCCUCUCAA